AUGAUGCUCCAGAGCGUCGCUAAGCUGGGCCUGCGCGUGCCGCGCACCGCGUGUGCCGGCGCGUACAUGCGCCUGGGCUCGCCGGGUUAUGCCCGCAUGCCGCUGAUGCCCGCCACUCCUAUGCGUGUGUACAGCACGGAGCAGGAGAUGCACGCUGCGCAGAGCAAGACAAACAUGACUGCGCAGUACAUUGGUCCGAUGCGUAUGGCCUACUACCGCCUCAAGCUCUUUUCACUCUCGUCGCUGAGUGUCGCGGCGAUCUUUGCGCCGAUCUUUAUGUUGUGGCCGCACAAAAUGGAGAUGGCUGCGCGCCUCGGCAUCACCGUUACGACGCUGGGCGCCAGCUCGGUCAGCACCGCGCUGAUCUCGUGGAUCGGAUCGCCGUACGUCGGGCACAUGACGCUGCGCCGCUCGGCUACCGACUCGGUGCCGAUGCACUACAUCUCGGACGGCGUCAAUGAGGUGGUGCUCGAGGACACCCCUAGCGAUCCCCGCAUCCACGCCAGCGAGCCGUACUACCUGGAGAUGGCCACGCUUUCGUGGAACAUGCGCUCGCUCAAGACGACGGUCUAUUCGCCGUCGCUCCUGCGCGCGACAACGCGCCCGCUCGCGACGUGGGAACUGCCCGCGCUUCCGCCGCCUCUGCUGCUUGACCAGGGCGUCGAACAGCGCGACGAGCACACUGUGUCGAAGCUCGUUGCCGAGACCGUGGAUGUCACGCGUGGCAAGGUCAUUGGCCGCUGGUGGGCUCGCUGGCGUGUCACGCCGACCGACGGCGAGGCGAUGGAGUUCUCGGGAACGUGCGAGGGCGAGGGUUCGCCGGUGCGCUACUUUUACGUCGACGAGACGCAGCUUGGCGACGAGUGGCGCGUACUUGAGUAG